GCAUCCAACAGAGGCAACAGCAGCCGACAGCCCUCCCACACUGGCACAUGUGAAUCGGCGGCGAUUCCGACCAUCGCCGUUUCCCAUCGCAGCGGCGACCCGCCGGAGCUCCCUCCCCUGCUCCGUCUACACCCUCGGAUGUGAUCCGCACCAAGUCCAUCCUUGGAUCAUGGAGCACUGCGACGGGGAGAUCCCCGCCAAGCGACCCAAGAUUUCCGACACGGGUGACGGCGGCAGCGAGGACCGCCUCAGCGCGCUUCCUGAAGACAUUCUCAUCAGCAUCCUCCUCAAGCUCCGCAACGCCUCCGUCGCGGCGCGGACCAGCGUCCUCUCCAGUCGCUGGCGCCGCCUCUGGACGCUGCUCCCGGGGCUCCGGUUUCACCCCACCACAGAUCCCCACGGCAUCCGCGCCGCACUGGAAUCACUUCAAGCGCAGGUCCUACGCCGCCUCCGCGUCGAUUUACUGGACGCCUCUUCCGAGUCCGUCGCGGUCUGGCUUCCCAUCGCCGCGGAUCGCCUCUCCGGCAGUCUAUUCAUCACCGCGCCGUGGCCGAAUGAGACGGAGGAGGACGAGGCCGCGGAAAGAGGCGACCUUGAGCUGCCCUGCUUCGAGAACGCCAUCUCCAUCCGCCUCGAACUAGGGUAUUAUCUUGGCCUCGCCGUGUCACCUUCUGGAGUAUUCGCCCGGCUCAGCACCCUCUUCCUGGCUUGCAUCCAUCUACGUGGUCCGUGCACGCUUGGUGAUGUUGUCUCCUCGCAACGCUGCCCGGCCUUACGGAAACUCACUGUUGAUAAUGCCUGGGGUCUGGGCAACUUUACAAUCCACUCGGAUUCUCUCGUACAAAUCAAGCUAAAGGAACUGCACCCAGACGAUGCCCUUGAGCUGGGCAACUUCUCCAUUCAUUCUGAGUCUCUCAAGCUACUGGAUCUCACAAAUCUGUAUGGUUUGCAGCAGUUCACUGUUAUGGCACCGACACUCAUACUGUUAAAUGUGACCUGCUGCUUUGUUUCGGGCCAGAGUCAUAAUCAACCAGUUGCAAACAUUUCUGCCCCUCAGCUGAAAUCCUUCUGUUGGAGGAAUCGUUAUGAUCCAAGUUACGAGGCGGUGGAGGACGCAGAAGGAGCCCCCCUUGAGCUGCCCUGCUUUGAGAAUGCCACUUCUAUCCACCUCGAACUAGAGUAUCUUGGCCUUGUGGUGCCACCUUUGGGCAUAUUCGCCAGGCUCACCCAUCUCUUCCUGGAUCGCAUCGAGUUACAUGGUCCAUGCAUGCUUGGUGAUGUUGUCUCCUCCCCACGCUGUCCGGCCUUACGGAAGCUCGUCAUCCAUGAUGCCUGGGGUUUAGGCAAUUUUGCAAUACACUCAAAUUCUCUCCUAGAAAUCGAGCUAAAGAAUCUGCACCCAGACGAUGCCCUUGGGCUGGGCAACUUCUCCAUUCAUUCUGAGUCUCUCAAGCUACUGGAUCUCACAAAUCUGUAUGGUUUGCAGCAGUUCACUGUUAUGGCACCGACACUCAUACUGUUAAAUGUGACCUGCUGCUUUGUUUCGGGCCAGAGUCAUAAUCAACCAGUUGCAAACAUUUCUGCCCCUCAGCUGAAAUCCUUCUGUUGGAGGAAUCGUUAUGAUCCAAGUUACGAGGCGGUGGAGGACGCAGAAGGAGCCCCCCUUGAGCUGCCCUGCUUUGAGAAUGCCACUUCUAUCCACCUCGAACUAGAGUAUCUUGGCCUUGUGGUGCCACCUUUGGGCAUAUUCGCCAGGCUCACCCAUCUCUUCCUGGAUCGCAUCGAGUUACAUGGUCCAUGCAUGCUUGGUGAUGUUGUCUCCUCCCCACGCUGUCCGGCCUUACGGAAGCUCGUCAUCCAUGAUGCCUGGGGUUUAGGCAAUUUUGCAAUACACUCAAAUUCUCUCCUAGAAAUCGAGCUAAAGAAUCUGCACCCAGACGAUGCCCUUGGGCUGGGCAACUUCUCCAUUCAUUCUGAGUCUCUCAAGCUACUGGAUCUCACAAAUCUGUAUGGUUUGCAGCAGCUCACUGUUAUGGCACCCACACUCAUACUGUUAAAUGUGACCUGCUGCUUUGCUUCGAGCCAGAGUCAUAUUCAACCGGUUGCAGAAAUCUCCGCCCCUCAGCUGAAAUCCUUCUAUUGGAGGAAUCAUUAUGAUCCAAGAUUUGAGGCGGUGGACGAGGACCCAGAAGGAGGCCCCCUUGAGCUGCCUUGCUUUGAGAACGCCAUUUCAAUCCGCCUCGAACUAGAGUAUCAAGGCCUUGCGGUGCCACCUCUGGGCAUAUUCGCCAGGCUCACCCACCUCUUCCUGGAGUGCAUCGAGUUACAUGGUCCGUGCAUGCUUGGUGAUGUUGUCUCCUCCCCACGCUGUCCGGCCUUACGGAAACUCGUUGUUCGUUAUGCCUUGGGUCUAGGCAACUUUGCAAUACACUCAAAUUCUCUCAUAGAAAUCAAGCUAGAUCAUCUACAUGGCUUGCAGCAGCUAACUGUCGUGGCGCCAGCACUCAAACUGUUAGAUGUGAUGUCAUGCUUUGCUAAAGGUUUUAAUUAUAAUGAACCAGUUGCAAACAUCUCCGGCCCUCAGCUGGUGUCCCUCGCUUGGAGGGAUGCCUACGAUUCAAGAUUCACUCAUUUUGGCAAGAUGGAAAAUCUCAAGUGGUUGUUCACAAACCCUUUUAUUGUGUAUGAUAGAGCUGAGUCUAAAUAUAAAUUAUACAAUAGCCAUUGGACGGGGAUUUUAUGUCACUGGCGCCACAUCCAGAAUCUAAGAAUCGUACUUAUCUUUCGAGCGAAGGACAUUACUAACUUGGAGUACUUGAUGGAGGACAUUACAAGGUUCCCGAACAUUAUAAACUUAGCUCUGGAUAUAAUGGCAAUGGGACAUUCAUGUGGACCUAGUUUGUACCAUAUUCUCAGGAUGUGUACUGGUGUUAGAAAGCUGUAUCUUACACUUGUUGAUGGAAGGCCAGGGGCACAAACUGUGUGUCCGUCAGGUUGUGUUUGCGAUCAGCCACCAAACUGGAAGACGGGUGAACUUGCGCUGAAUUGCCUCCAAGAAGUAGAAUUUCGUAAUCUGAUAGGAACUGAAAAUGAAGCUGGUCUAGUGAGGCGGUUAUUCGAUUGGGCAACAGUGCUAGAAACCAUGACAGUAACUUUUGAUAGCUCUGUAGCUGAAAGCAAGGGCAGGGAGUUCUGCAAGAUGCUUCAGAGCUUCUCCAGGCCAGCAAUAUGUUUGAAGGGGCCAUACUUUGCCUAAUCUAGCUGUAACCACGAGUCGAACAUGACUGAAGCUGUAUGUGCACCGCAGCGGCCUUUGAGAACGUUAUGUUGACUUGUCGCUUGUGCUGGUGCCUGGUGGUCGUUUUGGUAGCUGUCGUAUCGGUAUGUAAAUUGCACUAUGAGUGAACAUCGAAGUCUCUUAUAUCAUUUCUAGAUGUUAUCAGUUGCACUCUUUGCAUAUGGAUGUCUGAACUUUAGUUGUCA